GGAGGCCUGACAAAUCAUGCCCCUGGAAACGUCGACGUUUUGAGCGUUCGAACCGUGUCGAACAAAGUUUUCGAGCACAAGACCGACGUCAGAUUCGCCGUUCACGGUUCUCCGUACUUGCAGGCGUGGCAUUUGAAUUGGCUCCUCACUAGUCAUCCUGAUGAGCUGAGAGAAGUCCUGCGUUUGGAUCGAGACGUGGGAAUUGAAAUGAUAGGAGUGUCCGAAUGUGUGGAGGAGUCCGUUUGUGACGCCAGUUGCUUGACUCUGGUGCAUGCCACGACUCGUGGCUAUCUCGUUGGUUCGAAUCGCACCACGCUACUGGCCGUGGACACGUGGUCUGAACCGUACUGUUCCUGCCAACUUCCUCCGCUCACAGCUUCAGCUUCUGAUCCGUGCUAUCCGAACCCGUGUCGUAACGGAGGAGUAUGCAAAUUGGCGGAUGUGGAUUACAAGUGCCAGUGUCCCGAUGGGUUCCGUGGCCCGAAUUGCGAACUGAUGGAAUUGUCUUUCACGUCGGGCAGUGGUUAUGCGCUCAUGAACUCUCUUCCUGCGUGCAAUGAUACUGAGAUUGUAGUGGACGUUCUA